UACUGACACACUCGCACACGCCUAGCAGCUCAUACAUACAUACAAAGCCAAAGUCAACCACGCCUCCCCUCCAUAUAUGAACCUCACCUUCAUACCCGAACACGAUCGAUCCCCAAGCUGUUAGCUAGCGCCGUCAUGGAGUGCUCCAACAACGACUGGGAUCUGCAGGCCGUCGUGCGGAGCUGCGGCACGGCCGCCGCCGCGUGUGGCAGCGGUGGUAGCUCGGAAGCGCCGGCGGCUGCGGCGGAGGCUCGGCGGGGAAUUCACGUCGGCCGUGCGGCGGCGGCGGCCCCGGAGUUUCUCGUCGGGAGACCAGUGCGCCCGGCGGCGGCGUUGCGCGACCUGGACUACUUGGGCUCGGACCACGAGCUGGCGCCGUUCUCGAUCACGCCGUCCGGUGAGCGCGGGGCGCCGCCGCUCGACCACGAGGUGCUCAUCUCUUUCCCGGCCGCCUCCACGUCCGGGCAGCAGCUGCUGCGGCCGAGGAAGCAGCCCGGCGGCCGCAAGCCGGGCGUCCGCACUCCCAGGCCAAAACGAAGCAAGAAGAGCCAGCUGAAGAAGGUGGUGUGCGAGGUGCCGGUGGCCGACGGCGGCGUGUCCACGGACCUGUGGGCGUGGCGCAAGUACGGCCAGAAGCCCAUAAAGGGCUCGCCGUACCCAAGGGGGUACUACAAGUGCAGCAGCCUCAAGGCGUGCAUGGCGCGGAAGCUGGUGGAGCGCAGCCCGGCCAAGCCCGGGGUGCUCGUCGUCACCUACAUCGCCGAGCACUGCCACGCGGUGCCGACGAUGCUCAACGCGCUCGCUGGCACCACGCGGCACCGGCCGGCGUCCCACGGCGCGUCGGACGAGGCGUCCGGCUCCGGCAGGCGCGAGGAGGACAGCGCCGACGCGUCCUCCAUGACCACCGCGGACGGAGGCGGCGCGGAGACGGCCGAUGACGACGAGAACGAGCCGUGGCAGGUGGACGUGGCGGCGCUCGACGAAUAUCCGCUGGAUGACUUCCUGGGGCCCUUUGAUGACGACUUCGAUCGGUUUUUCGAGGACGACGGCGGCGUUCUUGAGCGCCGGGUGUCGCUGUAGUUGGGACUUUCGGGAGCAGAGGGCAACUGAUCAUUGACUGCAAAUUGUCUCUUUGAUUAUUCUUCCUCCUUCAAUCAAGAGAGGUUGGUGUCUUGUCUAUGGAUGCAACUAGACGGAAAACUGUGCUGCAUGCGUACAGUUGACCGUCAGUGUGUCGGGCAACAUCUCUAGCCUGAUGAAAGGAUGGAUACUUUAUACACGCACGACGGCCUUGAUGCA